AAGCGGGCGAAACUGCUGUAGAGUGUAGGUUAUUAGGUUAAAGAAUAAAGAAAGAUUUUAAGGAUUUCACAUAACAAUAAGAUUAAUCAUGACUGAUGUGAAAAUUAAAGUUACAUUCGUUAUUCCUAAACAUUGUAGCGACGAAAAUGAUUGUUCCGAAGACAUGCUUAUUGCCUAUACGGCGUGUGACAAUCAUCGUGGAGGAGGGCUCCAAGCACAGUGGGCGCAUGAGAAGUCGCUCUCAUUUGACCAACCACCCAUGAAGAAUGACAUUUUCGUGUUAUCAGAGUUUGAAGGAGAGCUGUAUGAGAAGUUGAAGGCUACUAAGUGUCUAUUGGUUGGUCCCCGAUGCUUGUCCUGCUCUCUCACCGAGGGCAGCCCCAUCCCAUCCAAAGGUCAUCCCGUGUACACUGUAGCCAUGCGGGGUUUAAUCAUAACUCUCAGUGGACUUUCUAAGGAAGCAAAGACAAAUCUAAAACAGAAGAUUGAAUGGAUGGGCGGCACGUACAGCGCGGUCUUGUCCUCAGAAACCACGCAUUUGAUCGCCAACAACGUGUUCUCUGAUAAAUACAUAAAAGCAGCUGAACGCGGAAUCCCCGUAAUGAAAGACACCUGGAUCCCCGCAGUCUGGGACGCCUCACUGAAACUUGACAUCAACGGUUCCUCGCCAGAAUUCAAAGCGCACCGCUUGCCUCCAUUCGCCAACUUGCAAAUUACAACUUCGGGUUUGAACAGUCAUGAUAAGAAGCUGAUUAUGAAACUGGUUAAUGCGAAUGGUGGAGAUUUUUCAAGAGUGUUUCUCAGUCAGACCACUGACGUUUUGGUGUUGACCAAGGACUCCACAUCAAGUGAAAAAUACAAAGCGGCCGUAGAGUUCGGAAAAGUGUGCGUGACUCCGCACUGGAUCAAGGAUUCAGCAGCUUUGGGAUUUGCUUUGCCCGUGUCGCGGUACAAAGUCACUUCUACUAUGACAUCAUCGCCGGUCAGGGAUCGAACUGUACCGGAUAUGAGUUUAAAUCUUACACGAAUAACUAAAGAAGGAAAACCGAGCAAUUUUGUGGACGAAAGUAAAAUGUCAGAUUCUAUGCUUUCAGGAACCACUAAGUUUCAAGACUCCAAGAGAGAUUCAAAUGUGGAUGAAAUUCAGAAAGCGUUCGAAUCUUUUGACGUCGCUGCCAUCAAAAAGGCUGGCCCUAUUUUUGAUGGAUUUUGUAUUUGGGUGAGCGGUUUGGACGGGUUGCCUCGCGAGCGUGCUUGGGCGUGCGUUUCUAGAGCCGGAGGCACGAGGUACGACGGACCAAAUAGUCGAGUGACCCACGCCGUGUCUUGGGGCGGCGGCGCGGCGGCGGCGGCGGCGGCGCUGCCCGCGGUGCCGCUGCUGUCCCCGCUGUGGCUCCUCCGCAGCGUCCAGGCCGGGAGGGUGCUGGACGAAGCAGAGUUUCUCAUAAACACCGAGCCAGCCACACCACGUAAAGGGAGUCAACCGCCCAUAGCAGCCGCGUCUCCUAUGAGCAAACGGACGUUACAAUUAUUACUACCCCCACCAGAACCUAUAGUGGAAGAGCAACCACAACGAGAUCAUAUAUUCGAUCAUUAUCUAAGCCAACAUCUGUCACAGCAACAAGCAGCCGAAUCGAGCAAAUCACCGGAACCGGAAAAGAAGGAACCUUCUCGAAACGAUGACGACACAGCCGUCACAGUUUCAGAGUUCACUCAGUCGGAAAAUAUAUUUAAAGAUUUAAUAUUCGAAGUGCAAGGUUUAGAAGAUGAGGCUAUAUGCGAGAUCGGCGCGGAAAUCCGAGCGGAGGGAGGGAUACUAGCGGCCGCGGGGGCGGGCGGCACGCAUGUGCUAGUGCCGUUGGACUUUGACAAUAACCAACUUGUUACUAAGAGUGCCGAAGCGGUUACUGUGUUCUGGGUGAAAGAUUGCCUCUCCCGGCAAGAGAUGUGCCCCAUUGAAUACUACCACCGUCCCGUCCACCUUAAGGCCCCGGCCUCCAACCCCCUCCACGGAGUCGUGGCGAGUUUAAGUACCUACAGCGGGGUCGAACGGGCCUUUUUAGACGAACUGGCGAAACUAUGUGGUGCUGCCAUGCAGCAACGCUUCUGCCGCCGCAGCAACAGCAGCGCGCUCGCCUCCACACACCUCGUGUGCCCCGAGCCCGGCGGGGCCAAGUACUCCGCCGCAAGGAAGUGGGGGGUGCCCGUGGUCCGAGCUAGUUGGCUACUAGCGUGCGCCGAGAGGGGGGUCAGGGUGGACGAGGCCGAGCAUUCUGUGGACCAAGAGGCUGCAGAUCCGUCUCACAUUCAGCAGAACACACUAGUAAACGCACCACCAAAAACACCUGAACCGAAAAACAGUAUUCCACAACCCGAAGAAAGAGUACCAGAACCAAAAGCCAAAACUCCAGAACCGGAUAUAACUGAACCGAAACCGAAAACUCCAGAACCGGAAAUAACUGAACCUAAACCGAAAACUCCAGAACCGGAAAAAAGAUCUGAACCGAAAAGCAAAACGCCAGAAGCUCAGGAUUUGGAUGGAAAUAUGGCGCCUGAAGUUGAACAGAUGUUACCUCCCAAUGUUGAUUCUGCCAUUUCGCCGAGGGAGAUCAAGAAGAAAUUUAAGAUCAAUACUACUAUAAAGGAGCAAUUCGAGAGUAUGUCUCCCGCGUCGCGAUUCAUCGCGAUGCGACGAAUCGGCAUAUUCAGUCAAGAGGGCAGUUCCAAGGAAGACACACCCAACAAAAUUGGAAAGGAAUCUGACAGCUCGCUACAAGACAUAGAGGAGGCUCUCUCAAGUCCCAACCUUAAAAUCUUCAGUCCUAACACGAGGAUGAAACUGCAAGCUAUUAGGAGAGGCGAAAUACCUGAUUCGCCCAUCAAGACACCUAAUAACCCGUUCGACAAGAAGCACAUCCCGACUCCGGACAGCGACUUCGGCGCAGCGCUCCGCCCCGGACGCAGGCGCAUGUCCGUCGACUCGAGGAAGCUGCUGUGGGAGUUCGUCGAUAGCUUACCUACUAACCAAUCUCGCAGUGAUACGGAAACACCACCCUCCAAAAUGGCAAAAUUCACUGAAGAUCAGUGUGCCGGCGGAGCAAGAAUACCAGACGUCCAGACCACCCCUCUAGCUCGCAAACCCGUUCAAGACCCUCGGCCUAGUGUGGUCCCGUUAGAAGUGGACGAACAACUGCAACGGCUCAAUGUCGUGCUCGCGGGGAGGCGGACUCCUCGGCGCGCGAGCAGGGUGCAGCCGCUGCAAGAGAAGCCUGCAGAUAUGGAGUACGAAUCCGGACCAGAGUCUCAACCCAACACCGUCGGCUGGGACGACACCACACCAUCUCAAAAGGAAUCUUUUGAAUCCAGCAAACCUCAUACCAGCGUUACUACUUUAGACAAAUCAGAUAAAACUAAAAGUUAUUUAGAACCAAAAGAAAAGGAUAAUGAAGACCAUAGAAAUGUUGAAUCGAAAGAAACGGCAAAUAUGUCAAAAGUUGAAUUAGCUUCGAAUAGUGUGUUGAAAGUGGACAAAGCGGUGGAAGCGAAGAGAGAAGGAAAGAAAACAAUUAGGAGAUUUAUGCUGUCUUCUAAUGUUGACAAUCGGGAAGAAACAGUAGAAAUGAUCGUCCGCCUCGGCGGUCUGGUGACCGACCUGGACGACUCGGACGCCGCGGCCCCCUCCUCCCCCUCCUGCCCCCCCUCCCCCCUCCCGGCCACGCACCUGCUGUGCUGCGCGCCGGCCCGCAGCCAGCGCGUGCUCAACUGCAUCGCCGCCGGCUGCUGGUUGCUGCACCCCGCCUACGUGGCCAGGAGCGCCGCUCAUGGCACGUUCUUACCGGAGGAGGGUUACGAAUGGGGCAACCCCUUAGCGACCUGUCUCCCCCCGGUCACCGGCGGUGAACGCGUCCUCGCCCUCGCUGCCCAUCGAUGGCGAACCAGACGCGCUCGAGGGCAACCCGGGCCUUUUACUGGAGUCGUAGCACUGUUACAUGCGCCCGAGCAGAGAAGGAAACUGCUGGCGAGAUUGGUGAAAGCUGGAGAAGGGAGUGUUGUGGAUGAAGAACCCCCGUACACCGACGAAACUAUCAACGUCUGCUUCGCCGACCCGAAGCGCUACCCGAUGAAAGAGCGAGACAGGGCAUGGCUCGUAUCUCGUCGCGUCCCUGUGUGCGCCUCCAUACUUCUUAGCGCGUUUCUGACGGAAGAGAAUCGUCCGGAUUUGAACCAGCACUGUUUACCUGAGUUUAGACAAUAACCCCAGAUAGGCAUGCCGUAAGCAAAUGUAUCUUGUGCAUAACUAUAAUACGCAGUUUAAGCUUGUAUUGUGUUUUAUAAAGGUCCUUACUUGUACCACUCUGUGGCAAACGAAAGAGGUAAAGAUAUGCAAUAUUCGGAUUUAUUGCAAGGCUAACCCCAAUUGGGAGUAACCUAAUUUUUUGCACUUGACUGAUAUCAAAUAACUUGUUUGUAAGGUCAGAAUUGUGUAGUUAUUUUAGCCAAUUUAGACCAAGCGGCCAUUAAGAAAAAAGAAAAUAGCAUGUUUGUCCCCGCCCUACGUGUCUGCCGCCGUACAUGAGGCGGGAACAGAUGGAAAUGAUUUAUAUGAAUGCACUUAUUCCUAUCUGUGCCCAGCGGGGACUAAUGGGUAUUCCCAUCCGAACCUCUUGAGACAUUAUAUGUAUGUUGAAAUUUGAAUGGAUCAGCUACAUUUACUUACAAAUAGUUAAAAGUUAGACAUAUGUGUAGAUGUAUUAGGGCGUUUGUAGGUAAUAUAAUAUUAGAUAAUGUAAAUUUGUCCUACUUCGCGGGAACGAAUAGGAUAUUGCAAAAGAAUAUGAUGACAUUUUUGGAUGACUAAUACUUAACCCCUCUAGCACACCCCCCAUCGCCCCUAAUGUGGUAUUUUCCAUAAAAAGGGACCUUAUUGUCGAUGGCGCUUACGCCAUUAUAAACGAUGCCCCGAUAUAAAUAAAAUGCUGUACGACGCUGUGCGGCGUAAGCGCCAUCGACAAUAAGGUCCCUUCUCAUAGAAAAUGCCCCAUAUAAUAAUAUUGUAUAGUUUUAGUUAAAAUGUAUUUUAUGGGUCUCUAUUGUUUUACAAAAAGUUUUUAAAUCAAUGUAUUGUUUGUCCGCAUUUUCGUUAGUCAUAAUUUGUUUGGUUCAGAAACGCGUAACUUUUCAGGAUUGCCAUAAAACAAACCUUGGGGGAAUCUUUUAUGGAUCCCACUGGCCCGGGAGAAGCCUAGUGGGUAUGUCCGACUCCCACGGACUAAACCCCCUGGGGUGUUCCGCCGCGUGCUUUGUAGACGGGGUUUCGGGAACUCGGUUGUAGACCUCCGAUACCCCGUCGGCGUUGUUCUUGCGAAUCCAUUCUUUACGGCCGCUCUAGCAGCUUACUUCGUUGAAGGCUCCUCGGAACACUCGAGGGCCUUCCAGCGCCGAACCUGUUCAUGCGGGUGAUGGAACUCCCGACCCAUCACCCGCUGGGUCCCGUUAAGGCGGCAUUAUCCUUGAUGCGAAGGCUCUUCGCCGCCUACCUGGUCUCCUUCGGCGCUGAGGGAGCGAGUUCGCGUCAUCCUCGCGCGAUCGCUCUGCCGCUUCCUUUUGCGUUAACCUAACCUAUCUAUAGGAUAACCUAACAAAAAUCCUGAAAAGUUAAUUAACGGUUUCAGUUUUAGGACUAAUGAUAAUAUAACAAACAAAACAAUACUUUAUGACAAUUAAUUAUGACUUAAAACUUUAUGGGAAACAAAGGGAUUUUAUAGUUAAGCUUAAAAAUACGAAUCGAUUCAUUUCUCAAAAAUAUGCAUGAUAUGACGACCACAUGAUAUGACGACCACAUGAUAUGACGACCACAUGAUAUGACCACCACAUGAUAUGACAUCGAAAUAAUUAUGCUGUAACAUGUUUUUGAGUUAUUGAGUGUUCCGUAUUAUUUGACAUUGUUUGACAAAACGUUUUUUUUUGUACAGUCAAAUGACUGUACACAAAUAAAAUGUUUUGACAUUCAGUCUUUCAUCUUAAAUCCAUAUAGAUUUAACUUAGUCAAAAAUAGUUC